GAUAAAUAGUAAACAAAGUUCAUCCCAGAGUUGUAGCACCCCCGAUAAAUUGUAUUUCUUAAGAAGUUCUCCCUUAUUUUAUAUUUUUCCGCUAACAAGUUAUUUCCAGCCGAUAAAGUAAACAUCUAGUGCGAAAACUUUGCGUGAGGCUAACUUCCGCGGUCCAGCCAAAACUUGUCCGCUUCUGCCUUCUGCUGCCUGCUGUGGCUUGUGGUCACUUCUGUGAUACACUUCCGUUUGCUUUCAGAGGGCGUUGGCAAAUUAUUUUUCGGCUCGCAAUCAUCGCAAUGACGACAGACCAACAGCUCGACUCUGCGCUGGACCUCAUGCGGCGCCUGCCGCCCCAGAAAAUUGAGAAAAACUUGAGCGACCUCAUAGACUUGGUACCCGGUUUGUGCGAGGAGCUACUAUCUUCGGUUGAUCAACCCCUCAAGAUUGCUACAGACAAGAAAUGUGGCAAGUACUACCUCCUCUGCGACUACAACAGAGAUGGAGACUCUUACAGGUCCCCCUGGAGCAACAGCUAUGACCCGCCGCUGGAGGACGGGGCACUCCCGUCGGAGCGUCUGCGCAAGCUGGAAGUGGACGCCAACCAGGCCUUCGACCAGUACCGGGAGAUGUACUUCGAGGGUGGAGUGUCCUCGGUCUACCUGUGGGACCUGGACCACGGGUUUGCGGGCGUCGUGCUCAUCAAGAAGGGCGGGGACGGCUCCAGGAAGAUCAUGGGCAGCUGGGACUCCAUUCAUGUCGUGGAAGUGCAGGAGAAGUCUACGGGGCGGAGUGCGCACUACAAGCUGACCUCCACGGCCAUGCUGUGGCUCCAGACCAAGAAGCCCGGCUCGGGGACCAUGAACCUGGGGGGCAGCCUCACGAGGCAGAUGGAGCAGGACAGCGCCGUCAGCGAAGCCGUGCCGCACAUCGCCAACAUCGGCAAGAUGGUCGAGGACAUGGAGAACAAGAUCCGCACCACGCUGAACGAGAUCUACUUCGGCAAGACGAAGGACAUCGUCAACGGGCUGCGCUCGGUCCAGCCGCUGCAGGACCGCAAGCAGCAGGAUGCGCUGAGGAACGACCUUGCCCAGGCGCUGCGCAGCCGCCACCAAGCAAAGCAGGAGAGCUAAUGAACGCAGACGCCGAGGGCGGCCCGCCCGCCGAAGCGGCGGAGGGCGGCCCGCCUGUGUCGGGGGGAAAGAGACUGACGCGCUCGGUUUAGAACGGAUAUGACGUGGCGGAGGGGAACAACCGCUUCCCGGCGGACGGGUCUAGGGAGGCGACUUUGCACCGCCUCGCGGGAGACGCAAAGUAUGCCCGAAGUCUUGCGUAGCACUUUUUUUUGCCUCUUAUUGCUGUCAGUCUCGUCUGUGUCAAGGACACGAAAGGCAAGUGGGGUUCGUUUGCGUUGGCGUCCACGGAAAUGCACCAUUUCAUUUGCCAAGGUUUUGCAAUUUUCAUUCAUUUUUCUUAUUUUAGAAAGAAAACAAAAGAAAGAUGUGUCCAGGAGGUGAUUCUUCCUUUUUUUUUUUCUCGUCAAAUGGAAACGACCAUUGUUUGUAAUUGCCAUUGAUCAUAGCCUCGCUUUCGUUGUUGUUUCAAACUUUUCUAUUUUAGUGGUGUUGAUGUGUUUAUCUGGGAAUUGGUGGGGCCGCACUUAGACGUUUGCGACACGGAAGACUUUUUGUACGAGAAUGUGCACACGCACUGCGUGCAGUGGCAUGAAAUCCAAAAAAAUUUGUUGAGAAAUUUACGUUGGCCAAGAAGUCCCCGCACUUCAAAGACGACCUUCUGGUUUCCGGGGCGCGCUUUCUGGUAGCACUGCCUGGCUUUUGUCGAACCACCCAAGCUGUUUCUUUUCCCCGCCGUCAAUGAUGGCACAGACGCAAACAUUAAUUUAUUGUCGCGGCAGUCGUCUCCCGUCGUUUUUAUUUUUGUCUAUGGGGCUGCUUUUGAAAUCGUUGGAACAACAGUACCCAAACCCGAUGACAGGAGAAACGGCCGUCGGAACUUCCGUUUUUAUACUCGUCGCAUUGUACCGACGUCAGCUUCGUCCUGUAAGGGGGUGGUCCCUCGCCCACUCCCAAUGACGCGCACGCUUUCUGUUUUGUUACGACGGACUACUUGUUGAGCCUAACACUUUUUGGUGGCCGGUCUGGUGAUUCUCUCGUUCGCGCCGACGAGCAGAACGAAGAGCUGUACAUUUACGGAGUGGAAAGGUGCAUAUUAAAAAGUAAAUAAAUAAAAAAGAUCCAAAUGUUACAAUAAAAAGCUUAUAUUCUUAAAAAAA